AUGGCAUCCAAUUCGCAACCAGGGACUGCUCCGGCCGAAGCAUCGCCCGAGGAAAACUUUCAAGAUACGAAAUCAGGAUCUGCUGGAGCCCAAGCAGCAUCCGAGGAAAACAUAGGGGACAAUGUUGGAGGCGAGAAGUAUCACGACCGUGACACUGUUGCCCAAGUAGCCGACCCCAACUACUACUGGGAGCACUACAGUCUCGCGCAGGCAGACCUCCACCGCAGCGUCGCCAACCUACAUCCCCUGAGCGCAGACUCACUGCCCGACAGUGCUUUUCCGGCUCCAACUACAAAGCGAAUUGCGCCUCCACCUCCAACCAAGGAAGUAUAA